ACUUGAAGUCGGUCAUUCAUAAAGCGGCGAGCUGCUGAGCGCGCCAUUUUGACAAAAAAACUUAUAAUCACCUACAAGCUAUGGAUAUCGACUGUGUCGAAUUGAUGUGCAUGGAGGCGGAGGAGGAGAGAAGAGCGUUCCCAGAUCCUGUUCUUUUGAAGGACGAGCGAGUCAUGGAGCGAUUAUUAAAGAGUGAAGAUCGAUACCUUCCCUCUCAUCCUCCAUUUCAAUUUCAAAAAGACGUAAAGCCGUAUAUGCUCAAGAUUGUUUUAUCUUGGAUGCUGGAAGUAAGCGAGGAGCAAAAAUGCGAAGAUGAUGUUUUCCCGCUGGCUUCUAACUAUAUGUGUCGUGUGUUAGCUGUUAUGCAGGUGCCUAGAAGGCAACUUCAACUAGUUGGAGCUGUGUGCCUUUUUAUAGCAUCAAAGCUCAAAGAAACAACUCCUCUUUCAGCAGAAAAACUUGUUAUGUAUACUGAUUACUCUGUCCAAUUGGCAGAAAUAACAGAAAUGGAGAUGGUGGUCCUUUUCCGUUUAAAAUGGGACCUUUCAGCUAUUACGCCAAACGAUUUUCUAGACCAGAUUCUUGAUCGACUGAAGCCAGGAGACCUGAAACGAAUCAAACGUUACGCUCAAACUUACAUCGCCCUUUGCUCUACCGAAUUCAAGUUCGCCAGUAUGCCCCCCUCCCUGGUCAGCUCAGCUAGUUUAGCAACAGCCUUAAGAGCCAUUGAAACGGAAUGGAGCGCAGAGGCCGUCUUUGCAAGACUACAAUCAAUAACGGGCAUUGAAGCGGACUGCCUCCGCCACCACCAAGAACAAAUUGAAGCAGAAGUCGUCCAAUUCCUCACUUUCAACUCUUCAGAUAAAAGCUCACCACCGCCUAAAAGUGAUGAAGGUCCAACAACGCCAACCGAUAUUCGGGACAUUGUUUAUUAA